AUGACGGCCCAGAUCCUCACUUCAGAGCUUACCAAUCUGAUACAGGAGAGUAAAAGGAAGCAUACGGAUCUGAGAAAUGCCGCUGAAAAGUCUCUAGAUGAGCUCAAAGGCCUACGAUCAACUUCUGAAGCUCAAAUAGCUGCGGAUCUCUCUCAACGUCCUAAUUUCGUGACACCGUUCCUCAUUGCAUGCGGGACCAAGAAUGUCAAGUUUACGGGCAUUGCGAUUGUAUGCUUGCAGCGACUUAUUGUAUCCCAUGCUCUUCCGAAAUCAAGACUAAGGGAAGUACUUGAGGCGUUGAGGGAGGCUACUUCUGCUGGACUAGAUGUCCAGCUCAAGAUCCUCCAAGCUUUACCUUCUCUUCUCCAAAACUAUGCGGAUGAUCUGAAGGGAGAACUUCUUGCGGCCGCGUUGAACAUAUGCACAAUUCUUCAGGCGAGCAAGAAUGGCAUUGUCAACAACACGGCGGCUGCGACUCUGCAGCAGCUUGUUGUAUCUGUGUUUGACAAGGUUGUGACUGAAGAUAGGAUUGCCCUUGAAGUUCCCACUAUUGGCGAAGCCCCCGUUGAGGAUGGAACCGUACAACUUCGCGCGGCGGCUCUGGAUGCGUACCGGGUCUUCAACGACUUGUGUCUUCUGACAGAGUCCCAGAAACCGCAAUUCCUAAGGUCCACGGGCAUGCCUCAGACCUUUGGUCUGGAGCUAAUUGAGUCUGUUUUGACCAAUCAUUCGGACAUAUUUUUAACGCACCCGGAGCAAGCCAAUGUCCUUCGUACCAGGGUCAUGCCGUUCAUUAUCAGUUCCCUGUCCGAAAAGCUCAAUUUUGCAGUCACUGUCAGAAUUGUAAGGAUUCUAUACACCCUGCUUAGACGACACCUCAGCAUCCUUUCAUCUGAAGGUGAGAUGGCUUUGGGUCUCCUUACGCACAUGCUUGACCAUGAUACUGCGUUGUGGAAGAGGUCUCUGUGCAUGGAAGUUCUGAGAGGCAUUUUUGCUGACGCAGCGCUCAUACGUCGAAUAUUUGCAACAUACGAUGCUCAAGAAGGCCGGAAAGCAAUUCUAAGAGACCUUGUUGCAGCUUUUGUACGCAUUAGUACCGAAAAGCCAGCCGUCAUCGGCCUUGGUAACCAGUCUACUAUACCAAUGUCAAAUCAAAGCGGGGGAACAGACCAAGGAAUGCUCGAAGCAAGUGGUGUCCCUUCGAUGAUAAGCAGUUCAAUUAGUUCGAGUGAGCCCUCCGCUGGGGUCAGCACUCAAUGGAGUACGAUGAGAGUUCCGUGCAUUGAUCAGCUCGACAAGACGGAUCCACCCUUGAUCCCGGAAUCAUAUAUCUACAGCCUCACACUUGCUUGCAUAAGUGGCUUCUCUGAAGGUUUGGCGAAGUUCAUUCUUCCUUUGACAGUUCCAGAGAGACCUCGAAAAAAGACAGCAAAGCAAGCAGAAACCGAGUCAGCGCCUGAGACUCCUGACAGUCGACCGAAUCUGGAUAGGCGAUCUUCCACUAAGAAGAACCCAGUCCCAGUCAAUCCACUAAGUCUCGAAGAUCAUCCCCUUUUCGACGACGUGAAAAUAUGUGCUGGAAUUGUAGAUGAAUGCUGGCCUGCGAUACUUGCGACUUGCUCGACAUUUUUGUAUGCCUCACUCGAUUCAGACUAUUAUCAUAGUCUGGUUAGAUCUUUCCAAAAGUUUACUCAUGUAGCCGGCCUUUUACGUCUUGCAACUCCUCGAGACGCCUUUCUGACCACUCUUGGAAAGGCGGCAGUUCCUCCAAAUCUACUAUCUACAAAUACUAGCCAGACGACCGCACCAGCCACUCCUCCUGUAGAAGGUUCGAGUAUGUUUAGCAAUGCAAGGGGUUUGCUGAGUGUCGACAGCCUGGUCAGCCAAGCUUCUUCCUCUAUAUCGGAGCGCGGAAGACAAAAUUCCAUAGAAUCAGGCCCAACGUCUCUCAACACUCGGAAUCUCCUGUGCCUACGAGCACUUCUGAACCUAGGCAUUGCACUCGGCCCAACUUUAAGCUCAGCGUGGGGCAUCAUCCUGGGUAAUUUACAAGAAGCUGACUUAGUCCUCUUCUCAAGCACGAAGUCUGCGAGGACUCCGACCAUAACCCCAAAGUCCGACAAACAAAAUGCUGGUGACGACUCUUCAUUGCUUGUGAACUUCGGCACUGAGAUUAAAGCUGUUGAGACAGCUGCUGCAAGACUUCUCGAGAGCACCGUUGACUUUCCGAAUGAGUCAUUCUUAGAAGUCGUGACCGCGCUUUGCUCACUAUUCGGAAGACAAGAGACUCCACAGCUGGUAUCUAAUUCUAUUAGUCCUUCAUCUCCUCAGUUGGAAGCACGACGACCCUCAGUACACGCGUACUCGCAUAGAAGAAUACAAAGUAUCAAUACUGCGCCCGCUACCCAAAACCAAGAAGAUCUGUUUGCUUUGGCAAAACUGGGCGAUGUUGCUAGUAUCAACAUUGAUAGGUUUAUGGCCUAUAGUCCUGAUGUUAGUGGCUGGGACGUCCUGACUACAGAAGUUAGCAAGGCAGCCUGUUCUACUACUACUCCCGCAUCGGUCAGAUUACGAGCUGCAGAGAUCAUUGUACGACUCGUCCUUGAAUCCGCGACUGCAACACUUUCAUUACCCGAUGAACCUCGUAGCACAAUUCAGUUGCGUCUCCUUCAAACUUUCAGGGGAGCAUUGCAGCCGCUCGAGUCAAAUGAGCGUGAUUCAUCUGUAUCGACUCAUGCCACAGAUAUUGACGUACACAAAGUGAUUCUUGAGGGUCUGAAAAGCAUUCUGGAACAGUGUGGGGAGACCUUAAUCAGCGGCUGGGAUAUUGCUUUCGAGAUAAUCGGAAGUGUAUUUGUCAAAAAUGGCAACGAUCACGAGCUCAAGGCCACCACCACUCGUUCAUCUCGAUUGAUUCGAUCCUCAUUUAACUCUUUGCAACUCAUCUGCUCGGAUUUCCUCUCCUCCCUUCCCAAUUACUGUUUCAUUAUACUCGUUGACACCCUUUAUCAUUUCUGCACGCAAGACGACGACCUUAACAUAUCUUUGACGACUGUAACAUUCUUCUGGGUGUUGUCCGACUUCAUCUCUGGUCGGACUAGCUCGUUUUCGUUGACUCACAACCUUAUCCAGGGUUCUGACGAGAAAAAGCUUGUAGAGAUGGCAUCUGGAAAGGACCUGGCAAUCUCUGAUGCUGCGCUAUGGAUGCUUUUGCUUCUACGGCUGACAGCUGUCACGACGGAUGAGAGACUAGAGCUGAGGAACACAAGGAACCCGCUGACCGUUGCUACAGGUGCCAUACAGACGCUGCUCAGGAUUUUCGAUGCCUACGGAGACCAGCUUGGCCCAGAAGCAUGGUCAAUGUGCCUGCAGUCCGUCAUUUUCAAGCUUCUUUCAUCAAUUGAAGAACAAUUAGUGACGACGAGUGACCCUGAAUCUGAGAUAUCAGAUAAAGAUCGAAUUGGAUGGAAUGAGACUACAGUUGUUGUGCUUAAUGGUAUCACGAAACUACUAGCGGAUUACCUAGAUACUAUAUCUAGCCACCCGACGUUUGGGGAAUCAUGGGAAGCUCUGAUUGAGCAUUACAAGUCGCUGUUAAAUUUCAAAGUCCUUGAUAUUAACACCGCAGUCUUUGAUUCGCUGCGACAGAUACUUUCGAGGGGCAACCUUGAACAGUCGAAGAAGACAGACUUCGAUCGAGCUGCACUUGACUUGGCAUGGGAACUCUGGUCUCAAUCUCUGCCUGCUGUUGUACCCGACCCCUCAGAUAAGAGAUUUGACAACCAGAAGUUCUUGGUGGCAUAUGUCUCUGCACUGCAAGAGAUCUACCGUCUUAUACAGUUAGGCCUCAAUGCCAAACGAGUGCAAAGAAUGCUGACGCUACUUCGAGAAGCGAUUCAACAAGCGAGCGCAGCAACGUACUCUGCAGAUAUUGAAUACCUUACGCCAUUGCAAACUCAAGUCCUAGAAGCUCUUAAGAUGAUCCGGACCGAUAUUGAAGGGGUUCCUGCGGCAUUGAUCGGCCAGGUAUCGGAGUUCGUUGGUCUUGCGUUUGAUGAAAGGGAUACCAGUCCUGCAAAACAGCGUCCAACCUAUGUCGCCCUGUCCAAAGCAUCAAUGAAUUUAACAGUGAACCUCGUCCUUUCCCAUUCAUUGGACCACGGUAUCUACACGAGUGGGGCGUUGACAUCAGCUCUGACAGCACUCUCAAGACCAAUCGUCCUCAAAUACUCCUUCCCCAUUACCACAAAGAGCGUAUCACCCUGGCGCCAAGCAACAACAUCCUCUCUCGCCAUCUUAGCCGCAGUACUACCUGUUCUCACCAGGGCCAAUCUAAAAGAAGACGUAAUUCGCUCAAUCUGGGCCUCAAUCGUUACGAUAGGCAAUGCCAUAACCACAGCUGACUGUUCCGAUCUCGCCCCCACAAUCGACAUAAAGGCGGACCAGGACUUCGACAUAACAUGUUUCCUGACCUUGCGCGCACUCAUUACCCCAGCUCUCGGCUCACCGGUCAUCCCGGACAAAACAAGACGCAUAUACACCGAAUCCCUCUUUCACACUUCUCUAGUCCACGCCCCUUCCCCUACCGACCUCCCCCCGAAGCAAAAACCCCACGACAUCCUCUCCAUCCUCUCCGCCCCCCGCAAAGGCUCUACAAUCGACCCGCCCCCAACUCCCCGCGCAAGUAUAUCCUACAUCUGCCUCUCCACGCUCCUCUCCCUCGUAUCCCACCAUUCCUCUUCUGCCGCGGAGAUCAAGCUUGCACAAGCAGCCGCACCCUACCUAAUCCUGCGCGCAGGCCUGACGCUGAGAGCUUAUAUCGCCGAUCAACCACUUCGAGGAUGCAUGCCGCAGCCGCUAAGCCAGAGGAAGGAGCUGCUGUUCGUGUUGCGGGAGUUGGUGGCGUUGAGGUGUGAGACAGAGGCUAUUCCUGAGGCGGACGGGGUGGAGAGUGAGGGCCGACGGCAUUUGUUUAGGUUGUAUCCGUUGCUGGCACGGGCGGUAAGGGCUGCAGGGAGGGAUCAGGAGGUGUUGGAGUGGCUUGGGAGGGCGUUGGAUGAAAUUGGGGGGGAGUUUGGGGUUUGA